UCCAUGAUCUGACUUGCUGAAGCUUCUAAUGCACAUUGUGAGAAGCUCACAGAGAAGAGCCGCUACACCUGUGCAAGACUGGGGGGGAGGAGCCACUACAAGUGUUCAAGACUGGGGGGGGAGGAGCCACUACAAGUGCGCAAGACUGAACGGGAAAAGGCCAGUACACCUGUGCAAGACUGGGGGAGAGGAGCCGCUACAAGUGUGCAAGACUGGGGGGAGGAGCCGCUACAAGUGUGCAAGACUGAAGGGGAGGAGCUGGUACACCUGUGCAAGACUGAAGGGGAGGAGCCGGUACACCUGUGCAAGACUGAAGGGGACGAGCUGGUACACCUGUGCAAGUCUGGAGGGGACGAGCCGGUACAUCUGUGCAAGUCUGGAGGGGAGGAGCAGGUGCACCUGUGCAAGUCUGGAGGGGAGGAGCCAGUACACCUGUGCAAGACUGAAGGGGACGAGCCGGUACACCUGUGCAAGACUGGACAUCUGAAGGGGAGGAGCAGACACCUGUGCAAGUCU